CACUCUCCUCGCGCGCCUCAUCCCAUCUCAUGCAUGGCUGCCAGUAAUGGUCUACUGGGUGUCAGCUUUUAUUGGCACGGCACAAAGCAAGUGCCAGGGGCUCGGCGGCGCGACUCCCCGGCCUGUGGAUAAAAGCGAGCGAGAUGCCCCAGCCGAGCUCAGAGACAGAGUCAUGUUGGGCUGGAACGAGGAAGUGCAGUGGAGAGGGGAGGGACUCCGGGCGCAGCUCCAUGGGGCCGCGGCGGCGCUGCGACCUUCUGCACAUGGAGCCGGGGAGAGUUGGAAGAACUUCAUACUGCAAACUCAAGGAAUAGCAGAGUACUUGCACCGCAUGGAGACAGAGGAGGCCCAGGAAAUGGCCCAGAUGGCAGGCCGGGACAGCCCCCCCACCAAUGACGCAUCCGAGGAGGCAGAGGAGCCCAUGGCCGUCCCCGAGGACCUGUCAGCCAGCUCCACCAACCAGCAGAACAACAGAGGGGACAAAGCCUGUAACAUUAAAGUUGAGGCUCGCAGUGAUGAGGAGAAUGGGCUGGCCUGUGACAUGAAUGGCGUGGAGGAGGAAGAGUGCGCGGAAGACUUGCGCGUGAUCGAUGCCUCGGGGGCCAAGGUGAACGGCUCACAGCCGAGCCUCGAAGCCAAGGCCUACUCCUCGGCCGGCGGUAUCCGGCUGCCCAACGGGAAGCUCAAGUGCGAUAUCUGUGGGAUAGUUUGCAUUGGCCCCAAUGUGUUGAUGGUGCACAAGCGAAGCCACACUGGAGAGCGGCCGUUCCAGUGCAGCCAGUGCGGGGCCUCCUUCACCCAGAAGGGCAACCUGCUGCGUCACAUCAAGCUCCAUUCAGGGGAGAAACCCUUCAAGUGUCACCUGUGCAGCUACGCCUGCCGCAGGAGGGACGCCCUCACCGGCCAUUUACGCACCCACUCGGUUGGAAAACCCCACAAGUGUGCUUACUGUGGGCGGAGCUACAAGCAGCGGAGCUCUCUCGAGGAGCACAAGGAGCGGUGUCACAACUACCUCCAGUGCAUGGGGCUGCAGAACAGCAUCUACACAGUAGUAAAGGAAGAAAGCAGCCAGAAUGAGCAGAGGGAAGACUUAAGCCAGACGGGAUCUGACAGAGCCUUGGUGCUAGACAGACUAGCUAAUAACGUAGCUAGGCGUAAGAGCACUAUGCCACAGAGGUUUGUGGGCGACAAACGUCUGUCGGACCUCUCCUACGACGGCGGGGCAGGCGAGCUGAUUCAGCCCCACGUCAUCGACCAGGCCAUCAACAGCGCCAUCAGCUACCUUGGGGCCGAGUCGCUCCGGCCUCUGGUCCAGACCUCCCCGGCCUCCUCGUCCGACGUGGGCCUCGGCUCCUUGUACCCCCUGCACAAGGCGGCGCCCGAGGGCCAGGCGGGGAUGGGCCGCGGCGCGUCGGCCAAUGACAGCGCGGCCGAGAACCUGCUGCUCCUCUCCAACUCCAAGUCGGCCUCCAGCGAGAAGGACGGCUCGCCCAGCCACAGCGGCCAGGACUCCACGGACACCGAGAGCAACAACGAGGAUCGUCCCGGCGGGGCGGCGUCCGGCCUCAUCUACCUGACCAACCACAUCACCUCGGGGGUGAGGAACGGCAUGCUCCCCCUGGUGAAGGAGGAGCAGCAGAGGCAGUACGAGGCCAUCCGGGCCAGCAUCGAGAUGGCGUCCGAGGGCUUCAAGGUGGUGACGGCAGACGGGGAGCAGGUGAGGGCGUACCGGUGCGAACACUGCCGCGUUCUCUUCCUGGACCACGUCAUGUACACCAUUCACAUGGGCUGCCAUGGCUUCAGAGACCCCUUCGAGUGCAACCUCUGUGGUCACCGGAGUCAAGACCGCUACGAGUUCUCCUCGCACAUAACGCGGGGGGAGCAUCGCUACUGAGCCACCAGAGAACACACACUUCCACACAGACAAACAGGUGUGCGUGUGGCCAACACGCCACACACACACACACACACACACACACACACACACACACACACACUCUCACACACUCACUCAUGCAGACAUGCAGCGGAAAUAAGUACAUAGGAAAUACAAGGUGUAAAAUACACUGUUGAUGUCUGAAAGUUGUGUUUUUUUAUACAAAGUAUGCAUGUUUGUUGAACACAUAUUCAUGUGGAACUAUAAAUCAAGACUUUUAUUUUCCCUUUCAAAUGUCAUGUUCAAAAGGAAGAGAGGUUCACCUUUUAUUAAAAUGAUGCUCAAUGAACACAGCAGAGCUACUGGGCCACAGUCCUACAUAGGUUUUUAAAUGGUGUAUUUGCCAAAUGUAUAAAAUGUCUUUUCUUUUGGAAACCCAUGCUGCAACUUUUUUCUUUUUUUCUAGAUUGAGAUUAUAAAAGAUUUCCAUCCUCACAUUUACAAAUCUGUUAACUUGUUUUGUUGUUUUCAGGGCAGCAAAACCCAUUUCCGUGUAGAUAACCCCACACGUCCCUUUCAAAAGUUUCAACCUGUUCUUGUAUUUGUAACAACCUACAUAUUAUUUAUAUCACAUUUAUAACACACGCCUGUCUGUUUUUGUAUUUAUUACAGUGAUCGAUGUUUGUUUGUAGAGUAGUUAAUAAAAGCUGCAUCUCUUUCUGUCCAACUGUACUAAAUGUGUUUGAGGUGAAAACAGGACCGCUGCUGGAUUUGAAUUUUGAAUUUUUUUCAGAAGAACAUGUCAUCCUGGCCUUUUGUUUUGCACCUGAUGGCUAAGAACCGUUUCACUUGCAGAAAGAAAAUGAGCCAUUUGAGGUUUGAAGGAGCUUUAUGCUUGCAAAAUAUCAAUAAAGGAUAUUUUAUAUAUGCACAAA